UUUCAACCCAAGAUGGACAGCAGUUCAGUGGCGUUUUGCCCGUUUUGCGGGGCACAUAUGAGUAGAUUAACGCGGUUUUGUUUUUCUUGUGGACGGUCCUUAGAGUUUUUAAAUGGGACAGAACAGACGGAAGGUCCAGAGGCACAGGGGAUAUGUCAACAGCCGGAUAAUGCUAAACAAAUUCCUGGAAUACCGAAGCUCGAAGUCCAAAGAGCGUCAGUCUUUUAACUACGGGCCUAGAGGAAGACACCGGGCUAAAGAACAAAAACACGUCCAGGUUUUUGAACUCCCAAAGAUAAGUCUGAAAAUGAAAGAGAUGCACUGGGACAUCAAGCUACAAUUCAGCCAGGACAGGUAAUGUCAUUUUCAGACGUUCAUCAUAUUCUGAAAACUGUGACAUGCUGGUCAGAUUUACCGAUGAUGCAGGUGUUUAUGAGGAAGGGAUUGACACAGGUGGUCCAAGAUGAGAAUUUUUUAACUCUGCUAAUGAAGCACCUGAAAGACCGGCCAAUUUUUGAUGGACCAGAGGGACAUCGGUUCUUGGUCUAUAAUGCAAAUGCUGUUAGGGAGGAUGAAUACUUCCUGGCAGGACAGAUGAUUGCAGUUUCAGUUGUACAUGGAGGUCCGGGACCCCAUUUCCUGUCAGAAGAUCUUGUACAGUAUCUUGCUGGCCAGCCUUCAUUCAAACCAACAGUUAAUUUAAUAACUGAUGAAGAAAUAGGGAAAGCUUUGCGAGAGAUUGAGAAUGCUGCUACAUUGGAUGCUCUACAAGAAUGUAUCAUGAGACACAGCACAAUGUUGCAGACAGCAGGCUGUCUUAGACAUGUGGCUGCUGUGGACGAAAAGACAGAAAUUGUGGCCAACUACCUCCAGUGGUAUAUUUUUGACCGCAACUCAUCUGUAAUUGACAGAUUCAAAGAUGGUCUUUCAGCUCUUCAGUUCCUGACUGCACUACAGCAACACCCUACUUUGCUGACCCCUGUCCUGUGCCACUGUGAAAAGCGACUGACUGCCUUUGAGCUUGAGAGACUCUUCAAACCUCAACUCAGCCCUUCAGGGAGUAAUAGGAGACUGAAAGAAAGCCAAACCUUGGCCUGCUGGGCAGACUAUCUCCUUGAUUGUGAAGAAGGCGAGGCUGCUGUGUCUGUGGAAGACAUUUUGAUGUUUGCAACUGGGCUGACAUCACUUCCCCCAUCUGGCUUGGAACCACUGCCACAAAUAGAGUUCCUGGAUGACGUUCCACUCCCAAUGGCAAAUACAUGUUCAAACUUGUUGAAAUUACCAUUUCUGGAUUCAUAUAGUGUGUUUAAGUCACAAAUGGACUUUGCAAUUCAAAAUAGUCCAGGAUUUGGUUGUCUAUAA